GGCCCAUCAUUUACAUCCUCGGAUCCAUAUUCAUAACAGUGGUGCCAAUGUUUGCGGAUCCGGUCGGCACCGGCUUCGGCUGUCUAAUCAUAUUAACCGGAGUUCCCGUCUAUUUUAUUUUCAUCGCCUGGAAAAGGAAACCAAAACCCAUUCAAAAUGCAUUCGAUUGGAUGACAUUAACACUACAGAAGAUUCUGGUUGUCGUGCCGUCAGAAAAGUCUCGACAACUUUAAAUCAAUUGUUAUAGACAUAGAAUAUUGUAAACAACUGAUAUUCCCAUACAUUCAGGCAUUUAUCACAUGAAAACAAUACGACUGUCCCAUUGAUUCGGUCAACAUUUUAUUUUAUAAAAUAUAUUCUUUCAAAAUAACAAUUUUAUUAUUCUUAUGUUAAGUCAUGAUUUCACAUAAGAACCCAGAGUUAAACGACAAG